CGUAAACAGGAAGUCGACAAGCCGAGGCAAGAACUGUCUGUCAAAAUCGAAACCUUUCGAGCUUAUAGUAUAAAGUGCAUCUCCAUGAUCUCGUCUCUCACUUAUUAUGCCUAUACGCCUUGAUAGGGAGUCAGAAGAAAAUCUAACGCCGUGGUACAGUUAAAAUAAGGGUGUAUCUGUAAAGUGACCUGAUCAGUAUGGAAAAUCAAACAUUGAGUCAGGUAGUCAAUGAGGAUGAUGGACCCAUCACAUGUAGCACAGAGAAAAAGAGAAAAAUAAAUGGAAGAAUUGAGUCAGGUGACAACAAGAAAGCAAGGACUGCUUUUUACCACAGCAUAAGCAGUGAUGAAGAAAGUGAGGAAGUUGUCAGUCGGCAACCAAGAAGACUGCACAGUAUCAGUGAUAGUGAAGAUGGAUAUUACAACACUGAUUUGUCUAUGAACAGCAGACACCAGCAUGAGACAACAGAUAAAGUGGACAGCCCUAAAAACAGUGUUCAACCUGACCAAAAAGAUACAGGUCCAGAAAAUGAAAGUGGUUCUUUGGAAACUGAAGGGACAUUGAGGUAUACUUUGUCUUAUAGUCCAGAGUAUUCUCCACAUUUUCCAAUUGAUUCUGAUAAAGAUGAGAUAGAUUCAGCAUCUACAGGUGCUGACAUUCCAGAUGCCAAUAUUCCAGGUUCUAUAAAUGGGAGAGUAGUCGAUACAGAAACUGAAAGAAACGAAGUAUCAAAUUCAUUAAAACCAGCCUCCAGUGAACCAGUCCUCGACCGACCUUCCAUCUUCAAAGAAGCAUCAGUCUUUAGAGAUGCACAGCAGAUUGCUUCAGUACUCAAUAAAGGAGAUGAAAUACAGAUAAUAUAUGAGAAAUUGGAGCAGAAUAGGAAAGUGCCUCACCGUGUUGAUAUUGUCACAAAUGAAUUGGUGGAGGAAGGUUUUAUAGAUUUGACCAAAGACAAUACCCAAGACACAGAGAGUAGUUUAUUGCAGGAUGUUGAUAAAGUCGUGCAGGUUAUCCACAUACUUCAUCCUGGUAAGACAGUUGAUCCAAAUAUAGUGUUUGAGUUGCUAGAAAGAAAUUUGCAUAAAGAAAACAGAGUUCAGUUUGUGGUUGAUACUAUACUUGCUAAAGAAAAAGAUGAGAAAAAUGAAAUAGUGCCAAAAGAACAAGGAAAUGAAGGGAGUGAUGAUAUUAUGAAGGAAGUUGGUCACAUCUCCCAACUGUUCCCUAAUGUUGAUCCUAAUGAAAUUUUUGUGCUGCUAGAAGAGAAAAACAAUAUUAAUACUAGAAAGAAAGAUGUCAUUGAUGAACUUAAGUCAAGAAAAACUAGUAAUUCUGAAAAUCAAUCAGUGGUGAUCCCAGUUGAUAAUAAUGAAAGCAACAGCAAGAGUCGACAUGCAGAAGAGAAGGUCACAUUUGAUAAUGACCCCAUAUACACAGACAUGCAGUUUCUUGCCCGCAUGUUCCCUGACAAAGACAGAAAUGAAAUCUAUGCAUACUUGGAGGCCCACCAUCAAAAUCCAAACAGGAUACAGGUUGUAGCUGAAGAAUUCUUGAGAAUGCAGGGUGGAAGUCAAGAUGAAGAAGGAACAAAUGUGAAACUUACUCCAUUGAGCAGUCAAAAUUCAGAAGAAAGUUUUGAAAUGCUGCAUGAUGUAAAGACAGCUUCGGGUGAGGAUAAAGGCACUAAUCAUAGUACUGAAGACAAAAGUCAUAAUACACCAGCAGUCUUUGAUGAUACCCCAAAGACUCGGCUUGAAAUAGAGGUAGAAGAAUUAAAAGCAAUUUUUCCAGACUGUGACCCGGACUACUUAGUUAAGGCACUUAUAAUGAGGGAAAAUGACCCAGAAAGGAGUAAACAUUUAGCAGCUCAGAUGCUGGAAACCAAAAACUUUCCCCGGCUGAAAGAUGUUAUAGAGAAACAGAAAAAGUUUGCCAAGAAAAAACAGCUGGAAAAGAUGAGAUCUCACUUUGAUAUCAAAGAAUUUCUGCAGAUGUUUGAUGAUCCACAGACGUACUUCUAUGAUGAAGCGAAACCAGUGAGCAAUAAUUACAAGAAUUGUGCCAUUGUACAACUUAUGAAUGACUUUCCCCUUAUGAAGGACCCUUACAUAAGAACCAUUUUUGAGAAGCAUAAGUUCCACUUCGCACCCACAGUAAGAGAGCUGGCAGAGGAAGCUGGAGAUUUUAGAGGGAGGAAAAAACGUUCUGAAAAAUUCUUGAAGAAACGAAGGAGACAAGAGAAACUUCCCAGUGAAGUGGAUGAAAUUUUGAUCAAGGAAAUGCUUUUUGUCCAGCAUGAACAGGAUAUAAAAGAUUACCUGGAGGAGCAAAAGAAAGAACGUGAGACCAAGAUAGCAGAAGCACGGGAGAAGAAAGAGCUGUACGAAUGUGGAUGUUGCUAUGACGAUGAAGUGCUCUUUGAGGAAAUGGUCAGCUGUGCAGAUGGCCAUUUGUUUUGCCAAACUUGUGUCCGCAGGUCAUCAGAAGAACUGAUUGGUCAAACAAAGACGAAAUUUCCCUGUUUGACCAGUGACUGUACGUUUGAGUUUUCUACAUCAGUCCUGCAGAAGGUUCUCUCACCCAAGAUCUUCUCCAACUUGUUACGCCGUUUACAGGAAGAGGAGAUUCGCCAAGCGGACAUUCCUGACCUUGUGAGCUGCCCUUUCUGUAGUUUUGCUACCAUUAUGUCCAACCCAGAGGACAAGGUGUUUAAAUGCCUUAAUCCAGAAUGUCUGAAAGAAUCCUGCAGGUUAUGCAAGGAACCAAACCAUGUUCCUUUCCACUGUGAUGAAGUGGAAAGACAAGGGGAGACCAGCAUGAGAACCUUCAUAGAGAACAAGAUCUCAGAAGCCAUGCUUAGGACGUGCUGGAAAUGUAAGAAACGUUUCUACAAGGUGGAAGGCUGUAACAAGAUGACCUGUUCCUGUGGAGCAUCCAUGUGCUACGUGUGCCGUAAGCCCAUCAGAGAUUAUUCCCAUUUUGGAGAUAGGAAAGGACAGUGCCCGGCAGACACAGACGUGUUUGAGCUACACAGGAAGGAAAUGGAGGAGGCUGGAAAAGAAGCCAAAAAGAAAUUUGAAUCAGAACAUCCUGGAACUGAGCUCAAGUUUGACCCGAUGAAAUUUGUUGCCGAGUACAAAACUAACCGUAACAAUAACUGGACAUAUGAAAGUGAUGAAGACGAUUCUGAAGAAGAUGGUUAUGAAGACUUUGAGGAACUUAGUGAUGAUAGUAGUGAUUCUAGUGAAUCAAGUGAUGAUGAUGGUAUCCGAUAUCACUACUUUUGAUUGGUUGUAUUUCCAAAUAAGCUGAAAAACAGACAUAUCAUUUAUCAGCCAAACAAUGAUUAAUGUAGCACAUAAGUUGAGGUCAUACUUCUGUUGACUCAAAGGGACAAGAGGCACGUUUAAUACAUCGGCUUAACAUUGCUUUGCUGUUGUACAGAAGUUGAGUUGCUGCUACAUCAGAAAAAAUUAACAACUCCAUGCUGUAAUCAAUGAAUUGGUCAAUAUUAUAGAAGUAUUUGUAAAAAACAAAGAACAUGCUAGGUCAUUUUCUUGGCUUAUGGACAAGAGGUUGGAUAGACUUUCUUUGUUCUCUUAUUUAGAAAUCAAGUAAAAUCCAUGCAAUUAUAUUAAAGAAAAGACUGCUUCUAAGAAAACACUAAUGAUAUUACUUCAUUUGUGUAGCAAAGGUACAUGAGCAUGCCAGGGUCUAGUAACAUACAUUUUUAUGUACAGCAUUAAAAAGAAAGUUAUAAUAAAUAUGAAUA